AUGUAUGAUAUGACAGGUGUUGGGUCAGUGCUGACCAUGUUCAGGAGUAACAGUCCCUUCGGCAAUGACACCAGCAGCUACACAGGAUCGUUCCAAUCCAAUGGUUUCUCUACGGAUGAGGUGUCGUCACAGGUGUCAAGUCUGUCCAGGCCCAGUGCAAAGUCAAUUUACUUGCAAAGGAUGGAGUAUGCAGUAUCCAUAAACAAGAUGAUGAACAAAUUUAAAUACAGAGUGGAGCAUUUGUUCACUUGUGACCUGGAUGGGAAGGAGUUGAGAAGCGUAGCGGACUGUGUGGAGCGGCUGAAGGUGCUGGACGGGAUGGGUCGUGUGUGGGGUCAGAACAUGCAGCUGGAGGUGCGAGGCCCCAACCUGCUGCUCACAGACACUGAAACCAAGGAGGAGCUGGAGUCCAUGGCUUUCGGUGACAUCCUGGAGCUCCAGGCUGUGCUUGAUGCUGGAGUGUUUAACUCCCUGCUCACAGUGUCGGUCCGGCCCGAGGGAAAACACACCACCACUGUCUUCAUGUUCCAGUGUGAGGAUGUUAGGGCUGACUAUGUUCAAAAGGAUCUCUCAGGAGCAUUGUCACGCAGGAGACAUGAUUCAAGCGCCAGCAAUGCAGGACAAAUAGCAGGACAUCAGGGAAUGAAAAACCUUCAUAACGCUGCAAAAUUCUCUGAACCUAAAGAGCAGAAGCCUGCAGCUGCCUCAGAGCCCCAAUGGAUGGUUCCUGACUAUGGAGGAGGAAGAGGAAGAGGAGGAGGCCCCCGCUCCCAGAGAGGAGGUGCCAUCACCAACUCAACCAACGAAGAAGAACCUCUGUCUACCUUCCGCCCAUACACGGACCUGGAUAGGAAUGUAGAUAUCUUGAAUCAUAUUUUAAAUGACAUAGAAGUCUUCAUGGGGAAAGUAUCUGCAGUAGUAGCUAAAAAUGCAAAGAAAAAAAAGAAAAAGAAAAAAGGGAAAGCCAUGGACGGUAUGCCCCCUGCAGCAGAAUUUGAAGCUUGCUUCCAUAAGAUCAAAUAUGGUUUCAACCUUGUGGGGGAGCUCAAUGGAAGGAUUAAUAAACCCAGCGCUCCUGAAUUUGUUCACUCCUUAUUCUCUGUAUUAACAUUCGUGUCAUCUCACUGCAAUGAGGAUCUGCCUCAGAGCAUCGUGGCCCCGCUGCUGACGCCUCAGUGUAUCCGUCUCCUGAGUGAAGAAGCAUCCACGGAGGAGGACCAGCUGUGGCAGUCUCUAGGAGACGCCUGGAACAUCCCCAGCACCAAAUGGCCAGAAGACGACGAGGACAUCCCAACAUACACUCUGGAGUUCUCUGAUGGCUGGCAGCCUCCCGAGGUGACUGCAGCACCUGAACCCAGUGAACCUGUGAGAAGGCAGGAGCACAAACAACCUGCACCCAGCCAGUCUUCCAACAAGUGGACACCAGCAGCUCCCCCACCACAAAAGACACGCUCAGGUGAGUCAAAACCACGUUGCGUGCAAGUUGUGUAUGACUUCAUCUCAAGAAAUGCCAGAGAGCUCACCGUCAGAAAAGGAGAAGUAGUCGAGCUGCUGGACAUGUCGAAGCAGUGGUGGAAAGUGAGAAACAGCAAAGGGGAGGAGGGCUUUGUGCCCAAUAAUGUCCUGGAGGGUCAGGAAGAGCAACCAAUUGAGUACACUGGAGGUUCAUCUGUCCUCACAAAGAAGUCCAAGCCUGCAGAAGUGAAAGCCUGGCUGGAAGACAAGGGCUUCAGUAGAAUCACUGUCCGCUGUCUGGGCGGGCUGAGCGGCUCGAUGCUGCUGGGGAUGACCAGAGAGGAACUGAAGACCGUGUGUCCAGAGGAAGGAGGGCGCGUCUUCUUCCAGUUACAAGCUGUCAAGUCCGCCAUGGCUUAGGUUGCCAUUUAAAAAGAGACCAACAAGAGAACGUCAGAGGAGAAUAAGAAAUCAUCGUGGUCCGAAACAAGUCACCAAUGUAACCAAAUACCGUGAGCUUUCAGAUUAUGUUAAGCAAUAAAAAGUGAGGUUAAGUUUACAGUUUGUUUGUCAUAAUAUAU